CUAGAAUGCAACGCCGUAAGCGCAAGCUGGCAGCACUGUGUGCAAAAAAUACAUACGAUUUAAACUAAUGGAACAAUUACGUAUUACGUGAAAAGAACGCACCAAAAGUAAUAAUAAAGUUAAUAUUAAACAAGAUAGUGUUAUAAACGCCAACAAUAUUGAGCGUGUGUGUGUGCUAUAUUCAAAUAAUCCAAGAGGAAAAGUGAUUCAAACGAGUUUCAGCACCUUGGAUUUCGAUUACAUUUUUCAUCUAUACACUUGCAAAAGCGACCAGAGCAGCAGCAGCAGCAGCAGCAGCCGCAGCACGACAUUAGAGAGACAGAGAGCGCUAACAAGCGAGAACGUAGGAGAGCCGAAGCCAGACAGAAAGACAGACGGGCAGCCAGCGCAACACAGCCAACAACAGCGGCCCAAAACGCGUUGAAUAGCGACGGCAGGGGAAAGAAAUCUGAUUUGGCCAAAACGAAAAAGAACAAACAAAUUAUAAAUCGUAUACGCCACCGCGCUCUUCAUUAAAGAAAGACACACACAAACGUGUCUUACCCAAAAAACAUUUGGUUAUAUUUUUUUUUUGCAAACGGCUGAGUAAGCGUAGAAGAGUGCAAAAAACGUACAAAAGAAAGAAAAAAAGGAGCCAAGGAGCAACGAACUGUGUGUGCGGUGUAUGCUCUGAGUGUAAAAGGUCGUUUUACAGCUCACACAAGAAGACUGAGAACAAACACAGCAAAAACACACAAGUAAAGAAAAUCUAGCAACAACAAACAGAACGCAAGGCGCCAAGGAGGCACCUAGAAGAGAUCUCGACCUCCUCGACAUUUGCACGUCCCAACAAAACAAUUCGAAAAUCCGCAUAUAACUGCAACAGAAACCGCAUCGAGCGAGCGAUUAGCUUGGAGCGCGGCGGCAGUAGGCGGCAAAGGAAGCUAACGCUAAUGAGGAUCUAUUGGCAGCAUGAGUACACUGGGGGGAAGUAGGGGAGAGCGAAAUGCCAAGCCCAAAUUCACAGCGUUGGAUAUAAAUCGCAUGUACAAGAAUAGCCGUGGCGAAUCGAGUGAACCGUCAGCCCAAAAGAAUCAAGUGCCGCGUAAACAUGGAAUGCAAAUCUUGGGCAAAGUGCCUUCCGCUAGGCGACCACCAGCCAAUCUGCCAUCCCUGAAGGCUGAGACGAACAGCAGCAGCAGCAGUAGCAGCAACAGUGCAACGCCCUUAAGCAACAACAACAACAGCACCAAUAACAAUCUUCUUGCAUCUGUCGAAGGCAACAACAGCAGCAGCAGCGGCGGCGGCAUCGGCAGCUCUAGCGCAGGAGGUGCGGGCGGAACAGGUACAGGUGCAACUGGAUCAACUGGCGCAGGUGCAAACAGCAGCAGCAGCCACAACAACAUCGCCACUGGACACAGCAGCGGCGGCAGCGCAGCAGGAGUAUCAGCUCUUGGACACCAACACAACAGCGCUAAUAAAUACAAUAGCAGCAACAGCAGCAGCAGCAGCAGCAAUAACAACAACAGUACCAGCAACAAUAACAGCCACAGCAACAGCAACAACAAUAAGAACUUGAAAUUAAUUAAUAACUCGGCAACAAGCGGAGGUGCUUUAGCCAGCGGCGGCGGCGGAGGAGCAGGAUCAGGUGGUGUUGCUGCAAGCGGCAGCGGCGGCCACUCAAAUAAUUCACCCAAGACAUGGUCAGCAAUAACGACAGGACACGAACGUGCAGGCGGCACCGGUGGCCAUGGCCACUAUGGCAACCGCCAGACGCACCAGCAGCAACAGCAACAGCAGGUGGUGCCGCACUAUCAAAGUCCGCAAUUUCAAUACGAGUUCCCAACACUAAUGGGCGGCGGCGGCGCUGCAUCCUCUGGUGGUCACGCGGGCGCAGCCGGUGGCGGUGGCAAAUCCAAGGAUCAGCAGGCACAUUACCAGGGCCAGCAACAGCAUGCGCAUCAUCACCAGAAUCAUCAUUAUCAGCAGCAGCAGCAGCAGCAACAGCAGCGCGAUUAUCGCGAUCAUCAUGGCCAUCAUGGGCGUCAGUAUGGCGGACACGGACACCAUUCGCAUCGCGGCGGCGGCGCCAAUGCGGAUCCCGGCAGCUACAGAGAUGGCAGCGACGACGUCGGCGGUGGCAGCGAACUCAGCGAGAUGAGUCUGCGGCCCCAAACCGAUCCGGCCGCUUGGCUGCAGCAACAGGAAAAGGCCGCCAAGGAGUUGGCAUUGAACCAACAGGGCCAGGGCCACCAGAUACCGGCCAACGGCAGCGGUGCGGGCGCAGGACCGGGCGGCAGUGUACCACUGCCCAUACUCUCACUAAUGCCGUCAUUUAUGCGCAGCGGAGCACCGCUGCCCGCCACCGGUCUGGGAGGAGGUGCGCCCACAAUGGCGGCAGCCCUUGCGAAUGCCGCCUCUUGCGUUGCCGCAGAUCUGGCAUCAUCUGCGCCGGCUCCCUAUCAGAAUGGCAUUGCCGGCAAUCGAUCCGCCUCACCGGCCGUCCUGGGCAGUUUUCGUGCUGCGGCCGCAAUACCGAAGCGACCAGUUGCCGGCUUAGCGGCGGCGACGACGACGACGACGCCACCGCCAUCAGCGGCGAUGGGCGGUAGUGGAGCGACAACGCCUCCGCAACAACAACAGCAGCAACAGGCGAAUGGACCGGGCGGUCGCAAGGACAAGGACAAGGAUUAUGUCGUAGAGCCGGAGGUAGCACAAAUGCAGCGUCCAAUCAUACGCGAAGAGGAUCUGGAGCGUCUGAAUGCGAUUGCCAAGGACGACAGCUGGACGAAACAGGAUGAAAUUGACUACACCAAGAAACUAACAUUCUCCGAUGACGAGGAGCAUGCCAGCCCCGAGGAUCAGCACCACAACAGCAGCAAUAGCCACAACAAACAGCAGCAUCUGCAGCAGCAGCAGCAGCAGCAGUCAAUCCAAUCCAGCAGUAGCAGCAGCAGCAGCAAUAAUAAUAAUGACCAGCGCAAAUUGUCCACCAGCAGCUCAUGGCAGCGUGGCAAGGAUAGCAGCGAGCGAGACUUGGAUGGCCCCUCCGAUCAGGGUCAAGAGCUGCGACAACAGAACGGCCAUCGCGGCAGUUCCGGCAAUGUGAUCGUUGGCAGCAGCGGUGGCGGCGGCGGCGGCGGUAUUGCUCUCGAUGCCGGCGUCUAUGAACGGGUAAAGCAGCGUAAGGAGGAGGAGGAACGUCGCCAAAUGGAGCGCAAACAGGCGGCGGCAAAAAAGCUGCAGGAGCUUGAAAUGAAAAUGAAUUGCAAGAAGGCGCUUAGCGAGGGCAAUGCCACAAGUGCGGCAUCUGGUGAGCUCCCAGCCGUGCCACUGGGCAAUGUUAGUGAGGAUGAGGGCGGAGGUGUUACCGGUGCCGGACAGCAGCAGCAAUUGCAAUUGCAGCAACAGCAACGUCGACCACGUGGCAGCAUCUCUAGCAUGGGCAGUGCCGGUGGCGGUGGCGGUGGCGGUGGAAGCGGCGCCAGCUCAGCCUCGCUUGCGGCAAGUACAGCUGCCGGGGAUUACGGACAGAAGCCCGUCUUCAUGACGCAUUUCCAAUCGAAUUUACCGCCACGCUUUCAGCGCCAACAACAACAGCAACAACAACAACAACAGCAGCAGCAGCAACUGCCGCGCGGCGGCUUGGAGAAGAGCGCCUCCGCGAGCAGCGCCUUCGAGGGCAGCGGUUCACGUUAUCUGCAAAAGGGCGGCGGCGGCGUCGGCAGCGGCUCCAACGGUGGCAGCGGUAGCGGUGUGCGCAGCAUCUCCGGCGGCUAUGCGCGUGUCGGCAGCAGCGGCAGCUACGGGCGCAAUCGUCAUGAUAGCGCCAGAGAGGAGCAGGAUGCGUCCGGUGCGCGUGACCUGGACCAGUCGAGAUAUGCACGCGGCCAGGAGUAUCGCAGUGGACAGCAACAGCAGCAACAGCAACAGCAGCAACAAUUGAUGCAGUCGCGCAGCAUCUCGGAGAACUCGCAUCGCAAGACGAGCGUUUCCUCCAGCGACGAUGUCGGCAUGGGCAGCAACAACGGCGGCGGCGGCGGCGGCGGCGGUUGUUCCUCCUGGGCAGAGCAAACGGAUGCUGAGCAAAAGCAUCAUCGUCAUCGCGAGGAAAGCUUUUCAUCAACACAUAGCCAUGAUUCGGCUGUGCAGAUCAAGAUACUGCAGCGGCCAGCGCGACAGCCGAGCCUCAGCGAGGAGAAGCCGCUUGCAGCCGGCGGAGUGGGCGCGCUCCAGAAACAGCCCCUGGACACCAUGCAGAGCAUUCAGCCAACACAGAUACUGAGACGCAGCGUGGAGCCCGUUGACAAGUCGGACGAGAAGAUAGCGGAGCGUGAGGCGAGCGACAAGUCCGCCGAAACGGAGCUAACCAAGUCGACGGCAUAUCCCGCCGCUGUCAAGAAUGAUGAUGACAAGGAUGCGUUGCGCAACUCAACGAUAUGUUCGACUGCCACGUCCGCAACACAGCCAGUGGCCGGCAAACGACCAAGUCCACGCGGUGGUCGCGGUCGCGACGACAUCCAUACCCGCGGUGCCGGCAGAAGCUAUCCGGCCAGCGGUGCAGCCGGUGGUCCGGCUGGCGGCUAUCGUGGACAGCGCAGCAGCAGCGACUGGAGCAGUCGCAAUAGCAGCGCUGCAGGAGGCGGCGGCGGCGGCGGCGGGCGUCGCUAUUAUGGCAGCGGCGGUGAGCAGUCCGAGCAAUCGGAAGACGUUGACGAGGAUUGUUACAGUAGCAGUGGCGGCGGGGGCGGGUCGCGACGCAGUCCCAAAGUGCAGUCACGCUCAGAGCAGAGCAGCAAUAGCAGCGGCUCAGGCGGUGUAUCCACAUCUGGCGGCCAGUCAGCAGCAGCAGGAGGUGGUGGAGCAGGAGGGCCCAUUGUCAACAAGGCGGGCUUUUCGCCACGUGGCGAACCAUCGCGACGCGGUCGCGGUGGUCUAUCCAGUUCCAGUGGCAGCUCAGCGCCAGGUUUUCGACGCCAACCAGCAAGCGGAGGACGCGCCUAUGGCCGGCUGGGCUAUGAAGAGUAUGGCAAACAGCGCAGCUCGGAAUCGGAAACAGGCAAUGCACCAACUGCUGCGGACCUAGACAAGACCAAGCAGAAUCAGCUGGCGCUCAGUGCGGGACUGCACAAGGGCAAGGACGAGAAGGAGGAGCUGUCGCCCGACAAGGACAAGAGCAUCAGCAACAGCAGCAGCAGCAGCCAGAGCAACAGCAGCAACAUCACCAACAUUAAUAUAACCAACACUGCCGUGGCCAAGGAGGAGCCACACAAGGAUGCGCCCGCAACUGGAGCAGCAGCAGCAGCCAGGCCGCCCCCAGGACUGAGCACAACUGCCGCUGCCGCCGCCGCUGCUGCUGCAGGCGUGCCGCCUCUAUUAGCUGCCCCAGGCAGCGAUGUGCCCGGCAAAAAGAAGAGCAGCGAAUGCACAACAAUUGUACCGCCAACGGCAGCAGCAACAGCGCCCAUCGGCGACAAGUCCAAGCUCUCCGCCAUUGGCGAGAAGAGUGCUGUGGGCGUCGGCGUUGGAGUUGGAGUUGGCGUCGGUGUGGUGGGAGCUGGCAGCCUUCUGAUCGAUGCCAAUGCGCCAGUUAACACGAUUAUCUUUGAGAACUCGACGUACAAGCAGCAGCAACAGCAUCAGGCAGCAGCCGUUGUGCCGCUCAAGCAGCAGCAGCAGCCAACGCUGGGCGGAGCAACAGCAGCAGCCGUUGAUAGCUUGUCGACAGCGCUCUCCCAGAUGAGCUUUGGCGGCGGCAAUGACGAUGAACAGCAGCAGCAGCAGCAGCAGCAGGACAUGAAACUGGGCUUCAGCUUCAGCGAUGAUGCUGCCACUCUCAAAGUGGUCGAAAGCUUGGAGCACCAGCAGCAGCAGCAGCAGCAACAACAACAACAGCAGCAACAACAGCAGCAAAACAACUCCACGGCGGACCUGAAUAUGAAGAUAGCGAGCGUGAAAAAGGUAUGGGAAUCGGCCACGCCCAUGUCGGAGGCAACGCAACAGUCGAGCCAACAGCAACAGCAGCAGCAGCAGCAACAACAACAGCAGCAGCAGCAGCAGCAACAGCAGCAACACGCGCAACAGCAGCAACAUUCACAACAGCAACAACAGCAGGCAGCGGAUGAUAGCGGCAGCCAUAUCGCCGCCUCGUUUGUCGCCGCAGUCGCUGCCUCACAGCAGCAACAGCGCCAGCAACAGAUGCCACACUAUGCUGUCUCGGCGGUGCACAUGCAAAGCCAUCACCAGCAGCAACAGCAGCAGCAGCAGCAGCAACAACAACCGCAGCAUCAUCAACAACAGCAGGCACAUCAUGGCCACCAUGCAUUGUCCUCGCCAGGACCAGUCUAUGGCAGUCACGGCUCACCCUUCGAUGCCGGCUCCCUGGAGCAACAGUUCCAGCAACAGCAGCAGCAGCAGGAGGAUUACCCAAGUCCACAGCAGCAGCAACACUCGCAGCAGCAUCAACAGCAGGUGAAGGCCAAGCAGCUGCACGCCAGCCUGGGCAUGUCGCCGCCGCCCAGCCACCAACAGCAGCAGCAGCAGCAGCAACAACACUCGCAACAGCAGCAACACUCACAACAGCAGCAACACUCACAACAGCAGCAGCAGCAACAGCUGCCGUUCUAUCAGGCAUCGCCGCAGUUUGGCGUCGGCGGCAUUCCAACGAUUCCCAGCCCGCCGGCGGUUGUGUUCAACUCAUCGCAGCUGGCGCCGCCGCCAUCGCAGGCGGGCAAUCUGUACGCUCCAUUCCAUUCGCUCGAUCAUUCGAACCGCUCGCCCGCCUACUCAGCGGCAGCAGCUGCUGCCGCUGCGCACAGUUUCCCGGGCCAUUAUGCGGCCGCUGCAGCGGCGGCAGCCGCCGGCGGCGCCUUCAAUGCGUACGCCAUGCAGACGCCGCAUGGUCAUGGUGGCAAUAUGCCGCCACCUCCAGCGGCGCACACGCCGGACAUGUACUCCAAUUUGUCGUCGCAGUUCCGGCUAGGCGGCGGUCCCUUUGGCCAGCCGCAGCCCAAUUCGCAACAGCUAAACAAUCCCAAUGCCGCCGCCGUGGCCAUCAUAUCCUCCAACAGCAGCUCAAUGAUGUCCUCGGGCUCGGCAAAGCCGCCGCCGCCCAGUCAACAGCCCAUUGGCGCCAUUGGCUCCAAGUCGGCGGGCAGCGGCGGCGGUCCAGGACCCGGUCCAGGACCCGGACCCGGACCGGGACCGGGACCCUAUGCAGCCGCUCAGCAGUACAUGAAUCUUUAUGCCGGACCGCAUCCGGGCCAGGGCGGACAUCCACCAGGCGCCCAUCAGCUGCAGUCGAACAGCUACUACUCGAAUUCAGCGCCCGCCGGCCCCAGCGGUCCCCAGUACUAUGGCGGACCGCCACCCCAGGGUGCCGGCGGUGGUGGCCAAAACUAUGGCCUGGCCACCGCGGCUGGCAUGUACGGCGGCCAUCAAGGUGGCCCGCCGGGUUCGAAUGGACCGCCGGGUCCGCAGUCUCAGCACACGAUGGGGAACUUCAAUACGCAGUUCAUGAACUCACAGCUGCUGACCGCGGCGGGGAUGAGCCAGUUCCGUGGCGGUCCGACGCCCGGCGGUGGUUACCUGAAGAACAGCCAGGGCCAGGGACACAUGCAGGACUCGAUGGGCAGACAAUUGAAGAGUCCAUUGAGCGCCGACAUGAGCCUGGGCCUGGCCAAGCAGGUGCAGUCGCAGCCUAGUCCGCCGCACCACAAGAACUAUGGCGGCUGGGAUCUGCAGAAUCAGGUGCUGCAGCAGCAGCAGCAGCAGCAACAGCAGCAACAGCAGCAGCAGCAGCAGCAACAGCAGCAAUCUCAGCAGCGACAGGGCGGCAACGGCAACAACAUGAACACGCUGGGCGGUCGCGGCACUGGCGCCGUGGGUAGCGGCUCCGGUGGCUCACAGGUGGUGGGCGGCGGCGGCGGCGGCGGUGGCGGCGUAGUUGGUGGUGGCAACGGUGGAGUUGGUAGCGUCGGACAAAGCGGCGGCGGUGGCCAGGGACGUUAUCCGGCGCCUAUACAGCGGCCCAAUAACUAUCCACAGCAUCCACAGCAGCAACAACAACAACAACAGCAGCAGCAGCAGCAACAGCAACAACAACAGCAGCAGCAGCAGCGCGAUCAGGCGGCGGCGCAGCGCGCCCAGAGCAUGCGACAGGUGACGGGUGGCGGCGGCGCCGGCAGCGCCGGCAAUAGCAACGCGCCCGGCGUACCACCUGGCGCCAACAAUGGCGGCAACGGCGGCCCUGGUGGCCCUGGCGGUGCCGGCGGCGGCACAUCGCCAGCCUCGGCGGCGCAGCUCAACAAGCCCUAUUAUUCAAACAAUGCGGCGGGCGCCGGCGGCGGCGCCAACCGCGGUGAGUGGCAUGCCAAUUGAGCGUACUAUUGAGCCAAUGGCGACACCGCCCUGUAAGCCCCUCGCACACACACACACACACACAUAAACACACACACACACAUACCAAGUAAAAACAAAAGCAGGCGCGAUUCAGAAAUGAAGCAUUGAAAAAAUUAGGCAAUGUGCGUUUGGAGAGAGCGGCAAAGCAACAGAAAUAUUUACUUAUACAUGCAUAAUACACACACAUAUAUAUACAUAUAUAACACUAAAAGCAACAACAACAACAACAAGAAGAAGAGAAAAAGCAAAUUACUAGCGAAAGCAAACAAAAACAAAAGAGAGAGUCAAAACGAGAGAAGCAAACGAAUUAACUAAAGCGCAAAAUGUUAAACAAAAAA